GGAGCGGGGGAGGAGCCGCCGCCGCCGCCUGCCGAGAAGGAAGGGGGACACAAGCACAAAUCCCUAUGGAGGAUGAACCUCCUCCUCAAGGAGUCAGUGCCAAGGCCUUGGAGGCAACACUGUUGUCAGCCCUGAAGAUGCUGGAUGUUGGGAAAUGGCCGAUUUUUUCUCUCUGUUCCCCAGAAGAGAUCAAGUUAAUUCGUCAAGCCUGUGUAUUUGGCAGUGCUGGUAAUGAAGUGUUGUAUGCAACGGAAAAUGAUGAGGUUUUUGUGCUUGGCAUGAACUGCAGUGGCUGUCUGGGAACAGGAGACAUGCAGAGCACUAUAGAACCAAGGAGGUUAGAUUCCCUGUGUGGCAAAAAGAUAGCCUGCCUGAGUUAUGGAAGUGGCCCUCAUGUUGUUCUUGCUACGGAAGAAGGAGAAGUGUAUACAUGGGGUCAUAACGCUUAUAGUCAGCUGGGCAAUGGUACAACAAAUCAUGGGGCAAUGGUACAACAAAUCAUGGUUGUUCCCUGUCAAGUCUCUACUAACUUGGUGAACAAGAAAGUCAUUGAGGUUGCCUGUGGCUCUCACCAUUCUAUGGUGUUAACAUCUGAUGGAGAGGUAUACACAUGGGGUUAUAAUAACUCAGGCCAGGUUGGAUCUGGUUCAACAGCAAAUCAGCCAAUUCCUCGAAGAGUUACCAGCUGCCUACAAAAUAAAAUAGUUGUUAAUAUAGCUUGUGGACAGAUGUGCUCUAUGGCUGUGGUGGAAAAUGGAGAGGUCUAUGUCUGGGGGUACAAUGGGAAUGGCCAGCUGGGGCUGGGCAGCAGCGGCAACCAGCCCACGCCGUGCCGGAUCGCAGCCCUGCAGGGCAUUCGUGUGCAGCGGGUUGCCUGUGGCUAUGCACAUACAUUAGUGCUAACAGAUGAAGGUCAGAUAUUUGCCUGGGGAGCCAAUUCAUACGGCCAGUUAGGUACUGGGAAUAAAAGUAACCAGUCUUACCCUACAACAGUUAUUGUGGAUAAGGACAGAGUUAUCGAGAUCGCCGCGUGCCACUCUGCGCACACGUCGGCGGCCAAGACCCAGAGCGGCCAGGUGUACAUGUGGGGCCAGUGCCGGGGGCAGUCCGUGACCUUCCCCCACCUCACCCACUUUGCCUGCACUGACGAUGUGUUCGCCUGCUUCGCCACCCCUGCUGUCAUGUGGCGCCUGCUCUCCGUAGAGCCUGAUGACCAUCUAACAGUAGCCCAGUCACUAAAGAAGGAAUUUGACAACCCUGAAACAGCAGACCUGAAGUUCCUAGUGGAUGGAAAAUACAUUCAUGUUCAUAAAGUUCUUCUCAAAAUUAGGUGUGAACAUUUUCGCUCCAUACUCAAUAAUGAUGAUGAAAUUAUAGAAAUGAGUGAAUUUUCUUAUCCUGUUUACCGAGCCUUCCUGGAAUAUCUGUAUACAGACAACAUUAGGCUCCCUCCUGAAGAUGCAAUAGGGCUGCUAGAUUUGGCAACACUGUAUAGAGAAAACAGACUGAAAAAGCUUUGCCAGCAAACGAUCAAACAAGGGAUUUGUGAAGAGAAUGCUAUUGCUCUUCUUUCUGCCGCAGUCAAGUACGAAGCUCAGGACUUGGAAGAAUUUUGCUUCAGAUUUUGCAUAAACCAUUUGACUGUUGUUACACAAACUCAAGGCUUUGCAGACAUGGACCAUGACCUUCUGAAAAAUUUCAUUAGCAAAGCCAGCAGAGUUGGAGCAUUCCGAAACUGAGGCCUGACUACUAUCAAGCUGAAGAGCACGUCCUUUUCCCUUCUGGAAAUAAUUUUCCUUCAGAGAGCUUCUCUGUGAUCACAAACAGUGGUUUGGAAGGAAAGUCUCGGUGUCCAUCAGCUUAGGGAGUGUGUAGAAGUCCACUAACAUGUAGGCUUUUUUGUAAGGAUGGCUACAGUGUAGAUGUGUGGUGAUUGUUCAUUGCCAACAGCCAGAAUUUAACACAAAAAUCUAAUGUAGUAACUAACCUUUCCCACUCAAACAAACAAACUAAACUUGUCAUUAUCUAGUCUGUCUUCUUUUUUUUUUUUUUAACAGUCUGUGUUUGGAUUUUAUGGGACAGUGACCUGUUUGCUGCUAAAACUUUCAUAGUGUACUUUUGUUUCAAAACUCAGUUAAUACGGCUUUGCGGGCUUCUUUUUAUAAUCCAGUGAAGAUACUUGUUUUUCUGGACAUAUGGUAAAAUAAUGUAAGUCCUUUAUGAUGAGAGGUUUUCUGAUUUGUAGGAGGAUUUGUCUCACUUGGUGUUUAUUUGGAGUUAAUUUAUGAGGUGCUUCAGCAGGAUAUUACAGUUUUGAGUUCCCAGCACUUGUCUCAUUGUUUAGCCAGAAUGAAAAGGAUCUCCCUUUCCAUUACACCGGGCAUAGUCCCUGGCACCCCAAUGGAAGCACUCACCAAGUUUGUCUGAAUGUGAAUUGUCAGACUGUGAGUUUUACUGCUAAGAAAAUCACCUAGUUACAAAUCCAAACAAGAUUUCAAGGAAAGGAAGUUCUGCUUGAGGCUUAUUUAUUCCUAUCUUACUAUAUCUCCUCAGACAGAUGAACUUCAGAAAAAUGGAGAAAAAGGUGAUUUUGAAGUGAUAACUUCAAAUUAAUUAAAUUGUAAGAGUGGACUGACACUAUAUUCCAGAUGGUGAGAAAGGUAUCUUGCUCAAAUAUGGUGUUUCAGAUUCUCCUGUGGUCAGAGCUGUGAGGUGCCCACACCACUUUCAGGGCUGUUCAGGGGAGAGGAGCUGCCCUUUGGACACACCUCUCUCCCAGCACUGAUCAUUGGUGGCUAAGGUAGAGUAGGUGCUUCAUUCCUAACUGGCUGAAGUGAAUUAAGGUGAAAACCCCACCUCUGCUGCACAGUGGGAAGUUUGCCCCAUUACAUAAGAUGUGGAGCUCAUGGAGCAUUUACUUGAGUUUUCUAACAGGUAACUGUGAAUUAACCCUGAGAAUUUAAGUUUCUGACCGAGUGAAGUGACUUCAAGUGCCUUUUGCAGUAUUUUACAAAUGAGGAAGACAAAAAGCUGGAUGACCAGGGUCAGUACACUAAUUAUAAAAGUAGUCAUGCAAUGUUCCUGCAGGUCCCUGCUGUGCCACGGCAUCCUUCAAUGACCUUUUCUAAUCAUCAAAUGUGGUUCUAAGAACUUAGUUCCCUUACAUUAUCACAUCUUCAUGUCUAAGCUGGAAAUAGCUGUUCAUAUUGGAGGCUCAUUUCUCAAACAAUCCUGUUCUUUAAGGAAAAGUAGGAGGAAAAAGAGAAAAGGAGAAGUGAGUUUCCCUUCACCCCAGGCCUUGUGGGUGUGAGCGGAAAGUGAAGCAGGCAGGUAGUAGAAUUUACUUAGGAAGAUGGUGAUGAGAAAAUAUUUUAGAAACUACUGUGGUAAAUAUUUACACAUCUUUGAGACAUUUGCCUCAACCUCUCGCUAGAAAUAUGCUGGAUCAUCUACUGCUACCACGUACAGUCUGCCACCUCCUCAGAGAUGACUACGACUUCCUUCAGCAGUGUCGAGUCCAUUCUUAGCAGCGGUGUCAGUGUUUUGUAGUCAAACAGAAGUGGUCAGAACCUUUCCAAUACAUAAUGCAGAGUCAUCAAAAACAGCACUUUGCUGGAGGAGAUCGGUUUUGGUUUGUGUUGAGAAGCACUUGACACCAGCAGAGAGAACUAGUGUUAUGGUAGGGCUCAGCUUUACUGCCAACCUUGUGUGCUCUAGCCCAGCACUGAUCAUACCAAAGUGUGGACAAGGGAUUCCAUGUAAGCCAAGGCUGCAUAUCCCUGGUUAAUAUCCCUAAGAUGCCAGAUUCAGCUGCCAGCAUUCCCUGAGGGUAGCAGUGCACGGAACGAGGGCGUAGGACCACAUCCCUGCCUUGGGGCAGCAGCUGGCACCAGCCCCUGUCCCACCCACCCCGAUGGCAUCACACUGGCACACAUCCAGUCUCUCUGGGAAAUGGAACCAGCAGGGCACCUCCACCCCUGGUACUGGCUUGUCAGCACCAGCUUUCCUCAGGUGGGUACUAUGAAAGGUCUCUCCACACAUUUGUGUUGUUUUACUCAGAAGAAUCAAACAGAAAACUAUAAAUGUGAAACGAUGGGGGGUUUUUGACUCAGUAUCUCAUCAGAAACUUUCUCUGGUUCUCUGAGGAUGCUACUGCAUGGAAUGAUAGCACUGGAGAGGGACACCACUCUCCCCCAUUAGCUCAAAUUCAUAACCAAGUAGUUGAACAGAGAUGGCAGCUGAAAUGGCAUGCUGCUUGCAGCAAGACAUUUUUGGCUUAAUAGAACGAAGCAUCUUUUUUUUUUUUUUCCAAUUUACUUCCACCCUGCUCCUUACUUCCAAUCAACCAUACACAUUAAAGCCUACUUGCAAUUUCAGAAUAAGUGACAAAGCCUGUAAUUUUGAGAAAAAGCAUCUCUGGACUGAAUGAGGGUGAUUCUAAAGGUCUGAUGUGUCAGUGUUGGCUUUUAUUCUGUAUCAUCUGACCUAGAUGUGAUAGUGUUACAUUCAUAGAAACAUUUAUUUUUUAAAUUUUUUUAAUUUUUGUUGCAUGUAUUAAAAAAAAAAAUCUUUACUGGCUUAGGUGGUUAAAUGUGGGUACAUGGAUGUAAAUGUGUGCUUGAAAAACCAACCAUGGGACAUUUUAGAAAAAAAUUAGGGACGCAUUUUACUGUUGUGAGAUAGUCUGCAACAGCCUUGCGUUUGUGGAUGUUGCAGGUUAAAUACUUAUUAAAGUAUUAUCCUGUUUAAGGAUACCACAGACAAAAGGUAUUUAUUAAAAACUAAAAAUUUGAUCAAGCAAAAACUUUGUCUGGGGUUUAAAUAAAGAGCAAUGUUCCACUUUCCAGAAAGGAAUCUGGAAAGAAAAACAAAUUACAGGGGUAGGGUCAUUUUAAGGUUCUCCUAAGUUACUGAAGCUAAAAGCCAGCACAGCAUUGUCAUCUAGUACCCACCAGUAGAGUUGUUACAAUGCUUGGUAACUAUGUAAACUGCUGUUUUAAUAUGACCUAAACACUUUCCAUGGGCUUUCCUUGUAAAACAAAGCAUUCAUUUGCCCCAUAGAGGCAGGAUUCAGUGGCCACCACCUAAUGCUGUAGAAAGUUUACAGCCUGAAAAUAAAUUAUUUUUUUUGUUUCUAUACAAACUUACCUGGUUUAAUAGACCAUUAAUAAAAAUGCCAUAAUAUUUAAAACAA